AUGGCCAACGCCUUUGUCGGCCUGCCCGUCCUCAUCCGCCUCAAGGGCGACACGUCGGCCUUCGUCACGGGCGUCCUCUCGUCCCUCGACCCGCUCGCAGGCUCUCUCACCCUCACUGAAGCUCGAAGCAGCGUCGGCGGCCAGGAGCGCCUCGAGGGCAUCCGCAUCCUCUCGCGCUCAGAGGUCGCAGGCCUCGAGCUCCUGAGCGUCAGCCGCACAGACUCGCCUGCAGCAGCACCACGACAGGCAUCGAGCCAGUCGACCCACCCCUCGCAGCAGCGCCAGCAUCAGCAGCCGUACGCCUCGACGCACUCGCCCAUUCCCUCGCCAGCUCCUUCGCCCUCGCCGAUCACGGGCUCGCCCCGGCCGGCCAAGCAGCGCCAGCGUGGUCAACGCGGCGGGCGGCGCAUCCACAGCCUCAAGGAGCCGCUCGAGUCGGAGGACGGCGACGAGUCGGACCUGUCGCGCGUCUCGAACGAGCCUCGGCGCCAUCAGCAGCAGCCUCAGUCGAGCGGUCUGAUCGAGGACUUUGAUUUUGGGGCCGGCCUCGCGAGCUUCAACAAGCACGAGGUCUUUGAGCAGAUCCGGAGCAACGACGACACGGACCCGGCUCUGCGCCUCGUCGCGCACAACCGCAACCCGUCGGCCCGUCCAGCCUCGCAGGCCAAGCUCCUCCCGACCGAGUCGGUCCUGUCGCCGUCCGAGCUCGUCGCGCAGCAGGCCGAGCGCCGCGACGUGCACGCACGCGUGCGGCAGCAGGCGGCGGUGCGCGAACCCGAGGGGGCGGGAGUCGGGGACAAGGGCGGCGAGAGGAGCGCCGAGGAGAGGCUCGUCGAGGUGCAGCGCCAGGUGGCCGAGCUCGCGGUCGAGGGCGACGGCGGCGAGCUGCAGGACGGCGUCGUGACGAAGCUCGUCACGAGCGUGGGCGUCGAGGUGCCGACAGUGUCGUCGAGGCAGUGGAAGGAGGCUCUCUCGAUCGCCGAGAUCGAGUCGUUCCCGACCUCGUCGCAGCGCCUCGAGGCCUCGUCGCACGCCCUGACGACCUACAUCCUCACCCACCUCUCCCUGCACCACUCGCUCCUUCCGCCGCCGCCCUCGCCCACGUCCUCGUCGACCAAGCCGACUCGCCCGUCCAUCUCGCUCCUCUGCAGCGCCGACAUCAAGGGCUUGAUCGCCCUGAGGGCCGGCACGACGCUGGCCAACCGCGGGUGCAGGGUCGUCGCGCUCGUCGAGGACGGCAGCGCGGGCUCGGGCGCCGAGGAGUGGAGGACGGCCGUCAGGGUGCUCAGCUCUGCGGGAGGCAGGAUCGUGCGCGACGUCCAAGACCUGCCCUCGUCGGCUCACCUCAUCAUCGACGCCCUCUCGACGUCGCCCUCGACCCUUGACGGCGAGCGCCCAUCGUCGGCGCUGACGAGCCCUCGACUCGAGUCGCCCUCGGCCUUCUCGUCCAUCGGCGGCGGCUCGGCAUUCGCGGCAUCGGCGGCGGCCUGGGCGCAACAGCAGCAGGCCAAGGACCGUGCGCCGGUGCUGCUCAGCAUCGACGUGCCGUACGGCGUCGACCCGGACAGCGGCGCUCCCAUCGACCCCUCCCUCGCGCCUCUCGCCCCCUCGCACCUCCUCGCGCUCGGCCUCCCGCGCCGGGCCCUCCUCGCCCUCGGCAGCUCGCGCCCGGCCCUCGCGCUCGCCGACAUCGGGUUCCCGCCGGCCCUCUGGGCGCGCGUCGGCGUCGUCGACGAGGUGGACGAGGUGAGGGGCCUGUGGGGCGUCGAAGACGUCGUCGAGCUCGAGAGGCGGUGA